CGAUAAACGAACAUAUCACAGGCUCGAUGCGAUUCACUGGCAUGGCCGGAUCUGACACCGUCGACGUGAUCGAGCAGGCCGUCAGUCUCUUCUACUCUACCUUUAAGCAGCACGCCAAUGCCCCGCGCGAGGCUCUGACCAUCGCCGCCGCACCCGGACGCGUGAAUCUAAUCGGCGAACAUACAGACUACAACGACGGCUUCGUGUGUCCAUUGGCACUGGACAAGACGACGGUAGUGGUGGGUAUACGCGCACCCGCCGAGUCUGCGUCCACCACCAAGUUGGCGUCGGCGAGCUUCCCCGACCAGCUGGUCGAGUUCUCGGCCGACAACACGGAGCAACUGGACAAGACGCAGCCAUCGUGGGGCAACUACCCCAAGGGUGUGACGGCUGAAUAUCUUAAGCAUUUGAACCGCAAAGAACCUCUAGGCGUCCACGCGGUCAUUGCAAGUACCGUGCCGUUAGGUAGCGGGCUGAGCAGCUCUGCAGCACUGGAGGUGGGUUUCGCUUCCUUUUUAGAGAGUCUGUUUGAAAUCAGUGAGGUGUCGGCAAUCCAGAAGGCGCUGCUGUGUCAGGCAGCCGAGCACGAGUACUGCAACGUACCGUGCGGCAUCAUGGACCAGUUCAUCUCUUCUUGUGGCAGGAAGGACUGCGCACUGCUGAUUGAUUGCCGAACAAAGGAGCCCACACAUGUGGCGUUCCGGGACCCGGACGUGGUCAUUGUGGUGUGCAACUCGAACGUCAAGCAUGAGCUGAACGGCGGCGAAUACAAGGAGCGCGUCACGCAGUGCCAAGCGGCUGUCAAGACGCUACAGACCCACGGUCACCCGCAGAUGACGCACCUGCGUGACGCUACGAUGGCCGAGCUGGACGCGGUGCACGAGGCUCUGGGUGACGAGGUCGUGUAUCGUCGUGCACGCCACGUGAUCACAGAAAACAAACGUACCGCUGCCGCCGUGGAACACAUCCGAGCGCGUCAAUACGCUGAGGUGGGCCAGCUCAUGUACCAAAGUCAUGAGUCACUCCGUGACGACUACGAAGUGAGCACUCCUGAGCUAGACUACCUGGUGGAGACGGCACGCGGCUGUGAAGGCGUGUUUGGCGCACGUAUGACGGGCGCUGGCUUCGGUGGCUGCAUCAUUGCACUCGUGCACCAGCAGCACGCGCAGAGGCUCAUGGACACGCUGGAUGUUGAUUACCCUGCGGAUAGGUUCAGCUCAGUGCGCUCUAAACCCUCGAGCUUCCUCACGCGCACUGGUGGCGGCGCCCAUGUAGUGCAAGCCGGUGUGUCUAUCACCGCCUCCACAUAA